AUGCGUAAUGCCAAUGCCCGACGGACAGAGUCUGGACAACAAUCUGUGUGGUGGAUGAUGGCGGACAUAAUCAUUCUGUCGCGUUUCUCGCCUUUUUUGUGUUGCUGUCCUGUCGGUUCUGGCCCCGCAUUUGACUCUUUUCCCCCCUGGUUCCCUGUUCUGCCAAUGGUUGAUGGCGUCGGGGAUGAGCUCAGGAACGGCCAUAAUACUCGAUACAGCACCUUAUUGACCAGAUCGGGCACCAUUGGAGAAACAAAAGGAUAUAAGCUGACCGCCAGCUGCAUUCGAUACAAUUCGAGCGGAGGAGAGUAA